CGUUCUCAGUGCUGUUGGGGCUUUGAUAGCCGCAGGAGUGCGUGUACGCGUGCAAAAAUAGUAUAGCGUUACGAUCGUGGUUUAUGUACAUUUAUUUGUUUUUUGUGAUAAAUAGUUAUAAGUGUAAUUUACAUAAACAAAACUAUGUUAUAUUUUGUUAAGGUGGCAUUUUGUAGUACUCGUCUACAGUUAUGAAAAAAGUUUUUAAAGAAACAAGUUGUGUUCAAAAGAAACUGUGAUAGCAUCGUGAGAAUAGCUGGAUAACCUAUUGAAAGCAAAUCAUUUGAGAUUAACUAAUGGAUUAAUCACAAGAUCAUCUGCCAAUGAAAUGGAUUCUAUAGCAAUUGAAGCAAUGCCUUCUGUUGAGCUAAUUUUAAACUCAAAUUUAGUUGAAACCUCUGAUUUAUCUGAGAAAAAAGAUAAUUUAUCAUUAGUUGAUGAAGAUGAUAUCCAUUUAGUAGUUACUGAUGAUGAAGAAAUUGAACAAGAAACAAAUAAUAGCAUCGAUGAUAUUGGAUUUGAUGUUAAUCUAGAUUCAUCUCCUGAUAGCUCGAUAAAUAUUCAUAAUUCAAAUAAUAACACCGUAAAUAAAGAAUAUAUCGAUAAAUCUUGUGAGGAAAAUUUACAAAACUCAAAAAUGAAAGAGAGUGAUAGUAUAGCACCUUUUAUGAGGAAUACUACAACAAGAUUGUGGUCCAAUAAUGUUGAUAAUAGAUGGAAAGGAAAUAAUCAAUCAAGAAACCGAUCUGACUAUCACCAUCAAAACAACAGGUAUAACUAUAGAUACCCAGAGAGAAAUAGAUUUAAUUCUAAUCAACAAAAUUAUAGGAAUAAUUAUCGUAGGUUUAAUAACAAUCCAAGAGAAAAAAAUUAUGAUACUUCCAAGUCCAGAAGUGAUUCAACAUUGCUAGAAAAAUCCAAUAUAAUGAAAACUACAAUUAAUGAAAACAGUAGGCUCGAAAAUAAUGGUUUACCUGAAAAUAUAAGAAAAACUUCUGAAGCAACUAAUUUAGAAAAAAAUGUAGAAAAACAUAGUCAAGAUAAAUCAAUUAAAAAUGAUGUUUUAAAGAAUAGUCAUCAAGUUGUCAACGAUAUUAAAGGGUGUGACUCAUCAAAAACUGAUACUGCAGAGAAUAUUAACACAACGAUAAUUCAUAAAAAUGAAAAAAAAGAUUGUUCUGUAAAAAAUGUAGCUGAAAGUUCUAUUCAUGUACAAGGUUUUGAAGAAAAAAAAAGUUGCAAUGAAAUUGAAGAUCAAAUGGAUGUUGAUAGUAGCAGCCAGGACGAUUCUUUAGUAAAAAAUACAAAUACUAUCAGAGUACUAUCAAAAGGUAAUAAUUGUGUUGAACUUCCAUCAAAUGGUCUAUUUAAUUCAGUAUCAAAUAAAACAGAUGAUGUUACGCAUAAUGAUGAAAAUGAUAUUAAGGAAGAAAUUCUGAAUUCAAACUCAAGGGAAACAGAUUUUAAUGAUCACUCAAAAAAAUUGAAAGAAUCUACUUCAUCUACUUGUAAUGAUAAUAGACCAAUAAUACAAGAUGCUGAUGAAUUAACAUUAGAGAACACAAAACUAUUCACAACUACUCAAAAUUCAAAAAAUUUUAAUUUAACUGAUGUUAAAAUUAAUGAUCUGAAGAGUAAUGUAAGUCCUUCAAAUUUAUCUCCUAUGGAUGAGAACAGUGAUCAAGAAGUUGAAAAUAAUUUAAGAAAUGAAAUUGAUAGUCCAUCAGAUCUUGUUAGUAAGUCCUCUUCUAUAGAAGACAUUGAAGUUACAGAUGAAUCAUCCAAAUCCAGUACAGUGGAACCUUUUAAAGAAGACAAAGGAAAUGAAAGUGAUGAAAAACAAAAAUCUGAAAAACACAAAAGAAAAAAGAGGAAAAAAGCAACAGCAGUCUUAAUUGAAGAGGCAGGAAUAGGUCCUGAAUUUGAUGAGGGAGUACGUCAUAAACGUCGCUCGGCAAAGUAUGCCGAAGAGAUGAUUCGCAAGGAGAUUCAAAAUCAAGAUGACGAUUCUAGCCAAGACGAUAACGACACAAAAGAACCACAAUCGAACGCUCUUAUUCCGGCAUCAGCUCCAACGCUGCCAGCGCCAAAUAAGCGCAAUCAAACCGAUAUCAUGGAUGAAAACUUGGAACAACCAAAAAAGCGAAUCAAAACGUCUACCGAAAAAACGGACAAAAAAACCCUGGUUGCGAAGCAAUCAGUGGACCAGAAACUUGCUAGUAACGACAAAGUAAUAGAAAACGUCGAUAAACACAAUUCAACAACUAAUCUUAAGGUGAGAGAGCUUGUAAAACAAAUCUCUCAAGAGGACGUUCGAAAAAAGUUUAAACUAAUGACAAGAGAGGAAAUGGAAGCUUUAUGUAUACAGAAGGUCACAGAGUGUCUUACUAAUCGCGGAGAAAUCGGAAAACUACGCGACGAAGUCCGGCAAGCUCAGUUGGCUAACGAAUCGCUUAAAGGAAAGGCUAUAACUCUUCUGAAGAUGUGCACCAAUUUCGAAUCGGUUCUAACACGCAUUAACCAAGACAGACUAAGCCAAGCUGGCAAGUUUCAGCCACCUAUUAAAAUUAACCGAUCGGUUGGGUUACAAGUUAAUUUAAACCUUAAAACAUCAGCCAAUGCCAGUCUGAACUCUAGCCUGAACAGUAGUCUUAAUACCAGCUUAAAUACUAGUCAGACUCCAAACAAAGUAGUGAUAAAUCAACGCAACUUCAAUAGUUCUACUGGUUUGGCCACUCUAAGCCCUCGCAAAACCAUCAAAACCCGGUCGCCCCGUACCGUAGAAAUAACAUCGACGACGACAACUAGUACAAUUAUAAAUCCAGCAACAACAACUACGCCUGUUGUUACAAUAGCUGCGAAACCAACGUCGACAGAAUCUGGCAAGAGGAAUUUCACGUUGCAGCAAGUUUUACUGAACACGGGUCCGAUUGUCCGACAAAACCCUAUGACUUUACAGAAGAAUAAUUCAAAAAAGAGCGAUCUUAUCGAUUUGACCGACGAGGAAGAUAAAAAUAAUAAAAUUCACGUUUUAGCGACACUACCUGGCCAAACGACAUCAAUAUCGGCUGCAACAGCAGUCUCUCGAUACCCGAGAGUUAUACAAGCUGUACCAGCUAGUGUCGCAAUAACUACCCCUAACAGUGGAAAUGUCCGAUUAGUUCAAGCUGGUUCGGGAAAUGUGACGUCGACUAUUGUGAACGCAAUUGGUGGAAAUGGGGGCAACGUUCAAAGGGUGGCGUACCUCAUGCAUACCAAUAAUACCAAUGGAGGACCUGCCAGACAACUUGUGUUUGCUAGUAACAAUACUGUUCAACCAACAGCUAAUUCCAAUACGAAAAAUGCUGUGCAAAAUGUUUUUAAACAACAACCAACUGGUUCAACUCAAGCAAGAUUAGUAUCGUCCACUGGAAAUGCACUCCAGAUAAGACAUCAUCCUGCACCAUUGCCGGAAAUCCCACCACAAAAAGAAAACCCUAAAUGGAAAUUAAUACCUCCUGCUCCAACUCUAAAAAUAUCUAAAGUGACUAAAGGAAUCGUAUUGUCUUGGAACAUGAAUUUGUCAGAUAAGUACGAAGACAUAGUUAGUUAUCAAUUAUUUGCUUACCAAGAAGUCACUGGUACAGCUCCCUCCACAAAUUUGUGGAAGAAGGUCGGAGAUGUUAGAGCCUUACCACUGCCAAUGGCAUGCACAUUAACGCAGUUCACCGAAGGGAAUAGCUAUCAUUUUGCCGUUAGAGCAGUUGACUUUCAUUCCAGAUUCGGACAAUAUAGCAAACCUGCCCAUAUAUCUUUAUAAUCUUUAUAAUUAUAAAUAAUUUUUAUGUAUAAGCUCUUUCUAAUAAGGUAAUUCAUUUUUGCCUUUGAUCUAUUGAUGACACUCGAGAUUUACAAACUGUUUACUUUUCGCAAUGCAGAAGAUUUGCAUUUGGUACAUAAUUUGUAAAUAAACUUUGUAUUUGAUCAAAGAAUGAAAACACUGUCUGUUUCAAAAUAUACAUAUGUAUUGCUGUAAAAUACUCAUACAAUUUUAAAAAAUUGGUCAGAUUAGUUAGUUUACAAUGUUUUUAUAGAAAAAAGUUUUUCAAAUCGAAAUAUUGGACGUUUAGUUUUAAUAAUUUUAACUUUCAUGUUUAAUUAACCUUCCAGUUUAAAAUCUAUGUAAAAGUUGAAAUUGAAAUAAUGAAUAAAUUGAUAAUUGUCGUAAAAUUACAA